UUUGCAGACCGCAAUUGUAUCAUUGAAGAAGAAGUAACAACACAGGCGUUGGACUGGAAGCGGUGCUUCCGAUAGUUUAUAUUGCUACUAAAUAAAUUGACAUCAGACCAUACAAGCACGAGGUUCAUCAUGCCUGUCACCUGUGCAGUAAACGGCUGCACCAACAAGUUUAUCAAAGGGUCAGAAAUACGAUUUUACAGGUUCCCCAUCAGUAAGCCUCAGCUUGCCAACCAAUGGGUACAAAGUUUGGGGAUGAAAAACUUCAUCCCUACACCUAACACUUGCCUCUGCUCAGAACAUUUCAACCCAGAUUGUUUCCGAGACUACAAUGGCAAACAGUUUCUUAGGGAAGAUGCCGUKCCCACCAUUUUCGGUGCUGAUUCAUCGAAGCCUGAAUUACGAAAAAGGGGUAUGAUGACCAAGGACACAAAUGCGGCUAACCGCUUCGGGGCACCGUCAGACCGGGAGAGGGCUAAGACGCUGGAGAAGAGCAAGGUCAAGGAGAAACGACAUAGUACCCGGGAUACUGGCAAGGGAAGAGGUGAUGGCAAAAAACGAGGUGGAGGACGAGGUGGAAUCUCCUCAAACACUGACCGACAGACUAUUGGGGCGAAGAGCAAAGUGUAUGACAACAAAGGCCGCCUGCUCUCCUGCGGCAAGGACAUGUGUGACUGCCUGGACGCGGACUGCAUGGGCUGCUUCUACCCCUGCCCCGAGUGUAGCUCCCGCAGGUGUGGCGURGAGUGCCGCUGUGACCGCAAGUGGCUAUACGAGCAGGUUGAAGUGGAGGGGGGAGAGAUCAUCCGCAACAAGUACGCUGGCUAGUCUCCCCCAUCCUUAGGCCUUGAACUAUGACUGUUUUUAUGUUCUGUUAUUUUUUUCUCAUUUUAGUUUUCUGUAAAACGAGGACAGGAUAAGAAAUGGUCUGAAGUUGCCAAAAGAUACUAAAUCAAGUUAUCACAAGAUGUAUCAAGAGUAAAUGAAUAAGAAAUAAUACUCCCACAAUGGUUUCAACCAAGUGUUAUAAACAUUGCAUAUGUAGUUUAGUUCCUGUACCGAGAGGGUCAAUUCAAGAAAGUGUGUGCGCAUACACUUCGCCGGUACCUCGCUACAAGGUCUCAUGCAAAGGAAAAAGAGGUAUAUGACGGAGAUUUGUUUCCACAUUUUUUGAAAGUAUGCAUUCCUGAAGAAUUUCCCACGUUUCAUUUUCUGCCUUUCCUCAUGGUUUUUGCAAUUCUCCACUUGUUUUGAUUAGUGAUUACAUAUUUGUUUUGUGCCCACAGCUGUCAAUUAAAUUGGUUUUAAUUCAUAUAAAAAAUA